CUAACAGAGUCCGAGUAGCUACAUAUGCUAAAUCUAGACUAUGAUAUCAGCAGUGCCCAGAACUUCCGUUAAACAAAUAACAAACAUGAUAAAUAAAUAACUAUUGCCGGCAAAAGGUGUCCCAUCUCCUCCAACGCCACUCGAACUGAUAAGAUGAAUCACCCAAAUUGCUGCUGGCAGCGCAGUUGGCUCUGACGCCGCCGCUUUCGCUUUUGUUGUGGCCCCAAAACGGAAUUUAAGGCAUUCCAGUGUAGACAGCGCAAAAAGUACACCCACCCAACGAUAUUUAAAGAUGUUUGAUUUCAAUUUGGAAUUUGCCCGUGGCGGUGCCCGCUUUACCAAUGAGUUGUUCCACCUGUUAGGCUCUGGAGGAGUCAAAGAGAAUGUGGUCUUUUCACCCUUCUCCAUUCAGACAUGUUUGGCUUUGGCUUUUGUCGGUGCUAAGGGCGAAACAGCAGAUGAGAUAGCCAAUGGCUUGCACUUCGUAUCAAACUUCCCACCUGAAGUGGCCCAGACGUUCCAGUUUGUUUUGGAGAAAUACAAGAACAGCAGUCUCUUGAAGGUGGCCAACAAGAUUUAUAUACAGGAGGGUCAUAAGUUGAAGGACAGCUAUUCCCAGGCCAUUAAGGAGCAAUAUCAUUCUGAAGCGGAAUCUAUUAAUUUUGCAUUAAAUGAUGCCGCCGCCGGAGCCAUUAAUAGCUGGGUAAAUGCCAAGACCCAGGGCAAGAUUACGGAGCUUGUGUCUGCGGAUAGCUUCUCGGACUUAACCCGUUUGGUGCUGCUCAAUGCUCUGCACUUUAAAGGAAGCUGGGUGCACAGAUUCCAGGAAGCUGCCACCGCGGAAGAUGAUUUCUGGGUAGCUGAAGAGCAAUCGGUUCGUGUGCAAUACAUGAAUCAAAAGGCCAAGUUUGGAUACGGUUUCUUCAGCGAUUUGGGUUGCACUGCCUUGGAUAUGCCAUACAAGGAUUCCGAUUUGUCCAUGUUCGUUUUGUUGCCCCAGGAACGUGAGGGCCUCAAAACUUUGGCCGAGAAACUAAAGACGGUGAAUCUUGUGGAUUUGGCCGAUAAACUUGCCGUGGAGGAAGUGCAUGUUAAAUUCCCUAAAUUCAAGGUAGACUACUCCCUAGAGUUGGCCGACAAAUUGAAACAGCUCGGCAUCAAGAAAAUGUUCGAUGCUGGCGCGGAAUUCGAUAACCUGCUGGAAUCCCCCGAAGGUAUUUUUGUAUCCAAAGUAUUGCAUAAGGCCACAAUUGAAGUCAAUGAGGAGGGCACUGAGGCAGCUGCCGCUACUGGCAUGAUCAUGAUGACGCGCAUGAUGACAUUCCCCAUUCAAUUCCAAGCAGACCGCCCCUUCUUGUAUGUCAUCUGGAAUAAGAAGAAUAUUCUCUUCGCUGGUGCAUUUGUGAAUGCUCCUUAGAUGAUUUUAUGACAUAUAAAAGAUACUUUCUCAUCAUUUCAUAUGCACUUUGUAUUUAUUUUUUUUGUUUCUAAAUUUUAAAUAAAUGAAACGUACAAAAAUGUAAA